CUAUUCUGUGAAAAGUGAGAAGAUGGGUAUGGUUGAACAAGCUGCUUAUUGGGAUGGGAUUGCGGGUGGAGGGGAUGACUAUGACUAUGACAAUGUUAUGGACAUGCUUAAUGUUCUUGAUUUCCCCCCGGAAUGCUUGGAAGGGGACGGGGACGGGGACGCCCUUAUUGAUGAUUUUGAUUUUGAUGCUAGUAAGUUGGGGCCAAUCCCUUCUGACGCCCUAACGGGUUUUCUCCCAGUUCCACAAGCUAAUAUUAUGCAAAACAACUUCUCCAAUGCAGCACUCAAGUUGAAGCCUUCUGUGGAUUGCGUUUCUCAACGCACACAGAAUAAAUAUUCUGACGCGCAGGAGGCUGUUAUGUUCCAGACACAAAGCCCGGUUUCUGUCCUUGAGAGCAGUGCCUCUUGCUCAGGUGGAAAGGCCAUCCCAGUCAAAACCGGCGUUGCUGUUCCAGUACGAACUCGAACCAAGCGCACCCGACCCUCCACCAAUCCAUGGCUGUUGGCAUCUCUUAUAUCUUCUUCUACUGCCUUUGAGUCUAGAAAAACUUCAGCUGCCAAAAGGAGAAGAGAGAGGAAGUUGGUGCAGAAGUCAAUUGUGGCCGUGAAGGACGCAAGAAACACCAAUGACGCAUUGGAUGCAGUUGUUAAAAAAUGCACGCACUGUGAAGUUACAAAGACACCGCAGUGGAGGGAGGGACCAAUGGGCCCAAAGACACUAUGCAACGCGUGUGGGGUUCGGUAUCGGUCUGGGCGCCUUUUUCCCGAGUACAGGCCAGCAGCUAGUCCGACGUUUACCCCUUCUCUGCACUCAAACUCUCACCGGAAGGUCGUAGAAAUGAGAAGGAAAGCUGUGCAGGGAGAAGCCAUAGUGGAGGAGUCUUGCAAGAAGGUUGCAGAGAUGAGUAAAAAGGCAUUCCAAGAAUCAUUCACCCCUCCAAUGUCGCCUCUACCGGAAUUCGUUCCUAUGAGUAACUACCUGUUUGAUUGCAUAUAGUGAGUGAUGAGAAACAGUUUGAGUUAGGGGAUUUAAUGUUUUAUUCAUUUUUAAACAUUCCAUUUUUCCUGUUUCUAAGGAUUAAGGAAGGAGGGCAGGUUAGUAGAGGUGUGAGUGGUUUUACAAACUGGAAUGAAGAGUACUAGGUGGUUAGCAAUAUGGUCGGAUGGAAUGGAAGGAAAUAGCUUAUGUUUAGAAGAGAUGCUGGUGCUCUGGUGUAUUAGAAAAGCUUAGGACUUAGAUUGUUAGUUUGAGUAAUGAUUAAUGAAUUCCCUUGAUCACAAUUUUUUUAUA